AUGCAAAAUACCUCUAAAAUACCUAAUAUCCCAAAUACAUUAGUCAAGAACUUCUUUAUUGCGGGAGUUAACCAGAAGACUCUAGCUAAAAAGAAGGCAACUGAGAUAGCGCCAGAGGUUCUAUUUUCUAUGUAUCAAAGCAAGGAAAGAGUCAGUAGUUAUUUAUAAUUUGUUUUCCCGGAGAAAAUAGCUGUAGAGUAUUCUAGCAUUGAGCCGAGAUUCUUCACGUUUAUGACCACAGAUUAGGAAGGAUUCAACACCUACAUUCAUGUGCUAAUAUUCUUUGAGGAAGUUAAUGAAGCAGAGAUAUCUCGCAAUGACUUUGACAUAUUAACUGAAAUUCUCAGGAAACAGCACUUGAACAAAAAAGAUCACAACAGAAAUCCUAAGUCAAUUACUAGAGAAGGAAGUAACGGAGCUGUCCAUGUUCAUGGAGGAGGAGAUUCUUAUGGCACUCUUUUUAACCAGCAUAGAAGAGAACUUUAGGAAAAAUUUAAGUCAAGAAACGAAGCGGCUACUUAAUUAAAUGCUUAGGAAAUAUCCUCUCUUCAUGAUAUCAUAGAAGUUAACAAAGAAACAAAAGUUUUUUCAGGAUUAUCUGUACCAAAAACUCCACACGCUAAGGUUAACAACAUUUUACAGAAUUUUAAAGAUGACAAGACAAAAAACCAUAGAAUGAAGGAGUAGGAGACUAAGGACAAAUUAGAGAAGUUAAAGUCAAAAAUAAAUAUCCAUGGGGGAGCAUCGAAUGUGAAUGUGCUGCUCUCUAAUAUAUCUGGAAAUUAAUCUGACUAUAGAGCAGCUUCCUAUAUAUAAGGAGGAGCUACAUAAAAGAAUUUAGCAGAUGCUAGUGCUACUCAUACUUUAAGAAUUGAAGAGACAAAAUCCUAUACUUUUCAAACAUUAAUAAAUGAAACUAAAAUGUAAAAGCAAAGAACUAAUAAUCUAUUGUCAGCUUAGCAACCUGAAGAAUACUAACCAAAAUCCUUACUUUAUUAAAGACCUAAGAGUAAUGCGAUUAAAGUAGUCUAAGAGUCUGCAGACAGAUAUUCUAUGCAAUUAAACGAUAACGACAAAAAUAUUUAUGAUGAUUAAAAUGGAAAUAACAUUCCCUCUUCAACUUUAAAAAGCUCUUACUAAGCAAAAGUUCUUCCUAAAGGUUAUGAUGAUUAUUAUGGAAUGAACAGAUCAAAUCAGGUUCCAACAUUUGGUGGUGGUGGAAUUACCCAUCAAGAAGACCCUUAUGCUAGAUUUAGUGAGGAAUCUGAUGAGGAAGAUGAAUUUGACGAUGAAUACAUGAAACAAAACAACCUCUUUUUCGAUAGAAAUACAAGCAACUUUGGGAAAAGAUAGUCAAUCAUGGUAUCAGAAUAAGAUGAUAAACUUGAAUAUCUUUAUGAGAAAAAAAGUUAUGUUCCAGUGGCACUUUGCCUUGAAACAGAAACAGAAUAUCAUGAUGUUUUCAGAAAGAUCCUAUUAACUUUAUUUGAUGAGAUAAGAGUGCCAGAUGAUGUACUAGUUAAUAAGAUCUACGAAAAUAGACGUCUAGCAUUCGCUGAGCUUGUAGCUCAUCUCGCAUUUUUGAGAACUAUACCAGCUCCUUCAUUCAACUCUGUCUAUAAUAUAUUCCUAUUCAACAAGCUAUUUACUAUUAAAGAGAAUACGAUUGAUCAACUACCAAAUAAGAAUACCUAUGCAAUAAAGAUCUUGUUUGAUGUCUUAGAUGUUAAAUCUAUCUUUUAUUGUUGGAAAGCACUUCUCUUUGAUAAAUCAGUAAGAUCAAAUUAUCAUCAUAAUUAUUAAUUUUAGUUAGUAUUAGUCAGUUCAUAAUACUCAUUGCAGUUCUAUGUUGCUGAGGCUUUAAAAUAACUUUUAUUCCCGCUGACAUGGUAGAAUACCUAUAUAUAACCAGGAAAUGAAAAUCUUGCAGGUCAUUGUGAUGGAACUAUAGUAUGCCUGUAUGGUUCAAAUAGCGUAAAAAUUGGGUUUGACUUCUUUGAGGAGAUGUCUCCUGAGAUGGCAGUUGUUGAUAUUGAUGCUUGCUAUACUAAUUCCAUUGAAUUACCAACUAUUCCUGAUGAAACAAUGUAUAUUAGACUUUUGAAUCUGCUCAAGAAUUCAAGAAUAAGCUAAUAUGACAAAGCCUAUCCAGAUACUCAUAUGCCAGAGAGUGAGGACUUUGUUAAUUAAGUGAGAGAAGCAUUUUUUGGAGUAUUAAAGCCAUUCCUGUCAAGAGUAGACCACUAUAUUGACAAAUCAAUAGAUAGCAAUUAAGCCUACUUCUAAAAAUACUUCAAUCAUGCAUAAUUUUUGGAUGAUUUCAGUGAUUAUGGAGAUGUCCAUUAUAGAUUUGCGAAGGAAUUGAUUUAAUCAUCAUAGUUUGUGCACUUUUGCGAUGACUUCUUCAACGAUGAACUCAACAAUUACAAGGUACUAAAAGCAAUCUUUAAAUCUAGAGGGGAAUUGAAUGACUCACCAGAUACUUCUGUUAAGAUAUAGAUUCCUAAUAUCUUUGACAGUGUGAGUCCAGAUGACGCAAAAAUACUUAAUUUUAACAAGAUAUGGCCUGAGACUGAGCCUAUAGUCUUUAAUUUUAGAAUGCCUAGUGAUGAGUAGAGAUUUAUGCUAUUUGAGAAAAUCUUGUUCAUGAAUGAAGAGAGUCUUGCCAAAAGAGAGAAACUUGUGUCAAGAGAAACAAAUGAACACAUUAUUUAGAACAAGGAUAAUUUAAUGUAUGAUCAAAUAAUACAAGAUAUCAAGAAAAUGUAUCCUAUUAAACUCAAAGGUAUACACCAGAAGUAUCAUGAUUAAAAUAUGAAGAUGCUUUAGUAAAAUCUGAAAAGAAGACAGUAAGCAUUGGAUUCAACCAAAAAUGCUAACAAUGGUCUGAAGAAAUUGCCAACUUUUUUUAAGAACUAAGAGAGUAACUCUAGGUAUAUGCAGAGUAGACCCUCAUUGGAUGGAACUCGUUUGGCUAUUGAUAUUGUUAAUCUGAACAUGAGGCCGAGGGGAUCGAUGAGAGUUACUGAACUUGAUUAAAGAUUCCCUAUGUUUGGUUAAAAUUUAUAAAGCCAAAAGAAAACUGAUUUAUCAGGAUCUAAACUUCAAUUGGAUUUAAUCAGUAAUGAUGAUUUUAAUGGAAGCAGCACUGUAAUGAAUAAUAAUAGCUUUAUUGAAUUGGAAUACUAAAGAAUUAAAAAUUGCAAGAGAAGAAUAUCUCGCCUGAUGUAUGGAAAACAGGGUUUAAUGACAUUUCUUCAUCAUAUAUUUGGAUUGCUUUCAGAGGAUCAAAUGAAGAGAGUCAACUAUUACUUCGCUUUGAAGGACUAAUUAAGAAAGCUAAUGGAUGUAGAAAGAAAACUCUCCUAAAAAUAAAAAGAGGAAAAGUUAAACAUUACUAUUAGAGAGGAAAACGAAGAUGAUGCAGAUCAUUCGCCUACUUCCAGAGAGAUAAACUUAGGUUCAAUAAGAGAUAGAACUAAAACUUAAAAUAUGAAUCCAAGGCAGAGGAAGCCCCCCACUAAAUCACCUAUUUCCUCAAACAAUAUAGAUCUAUUUAGGAGAUAGAUAACUAAUCCUAACAUUCAAAAUAGUGUAAAUGGAGCUAGUGGAAUGAAAUCAGUAACGACUACUGCAUCCAAGAUAUUUAAGGAAAAAUCUGAUUGGAUAAACAUUGAAAACUGGCAGUAUUAUGGCUGCGCAAUCAAAAGAACAUCACAAUUUAUCCUAUUUAAGACAAAAAUGUAUGAAACCUUUGAGUGUCCAGAUGAAGGGUACUCUAUGAUUUGGAAAGACUUGUUGAAAUAUCCUGCAAAUCAAACAGAAUUCUUUCCUUUGAGUAAGUUCAUGCAUAUCUGGCAAAAUCUCACUUAAAGUUAGUAAGAAGAGCAAUUCAUAAAGCUCGGAUAAAAAUAGAGCAGGCCAUUUAUUUAGACAAUAUGUUAGGAUUUUAUCAAGUAGAAUAAAAUGAGGGAUUAGAGUACUAUAAUAAGUGAGUAGCAGUAUCAGUCGUAAGAGAGGCAAAAUGACGAAAAUAUUUUUCGAGAGGCUACUAUUGAUAAGAACUGGGUAACAAUACGCUAAGAAAAGAAGGAUAGAGAACUAAUGUAAAGACAAAGACUAUAGCAUUAGAAAUCUAGUAAUAAUUUCAGUGCUUUGUCAUCAAGAUAGUCAAACUAACCUGACUAAAAGUCACUGAAGAAGCAAAAUACUAAAAAUGAUAGCAGAGGCAGUAACGUGAGUGAAAUGAUAAAGUAAAAAUUGGAGAAGAGGAGAAAUCCUUACUCAACAAUAGGCUCUAAAAAUGACAUGAAUGAUGAUUCAAAAGAUAGAACUAUGUACUCUCAGAGUGGAAGGUCAUUCUUCUCAGAGAUUGAAACUAUUUUUAAAAUGCCUAGUACUGAGUCUAAAGCAGAUCUUAACUCUUCAAAUAGUUCGAUGACUCAUCAGGACUCGCAGUCCAUUUUAAUUGAUUAUAAUCUGAGCAAAUCCAAGCCAAAUAGAGAACCCAUCAUUCCAUAUCAAAAAAUGAACAACCCAGAGAAAGUGAGCUAAAACCUGUUGCUAAAAAUUAUAAAAUUUUGGGAGUAGAAUAGCAAAUACAUUGAAAAGAAGGGUCAAUUCAAAGAAUCUGAACUGUCUCGAAUCCAAGAAGAAAUGAAGGUCUAUGAUAAAUACUUUGAAUACCUAAGAGACUAUCAUCCCGAGGUAAACACAGAGAUUGAGAAGCAAGUUUUCUUCUUGAAUCUGUAUAACUUCCUAGUGCUUUAUUACCUAGCACUAUUCAUGUUUAGCAAUCCUGAUAUCAUUGCUAAAUUGACUAACUAUAACAUGUGGUAGUCAUUCUUAUUGAACUGCAAAGUUAAACUCUGCAACCAUACAAUUAAUGCUUUCUCGAUUAAGCACUCAAUUCUAAGAUACAAGCUUGAUUAGCCAAAUAUAUCAGAAUUUAUGCUUUAGACUCCAUAGAUGGAAUUUUACUGUCAGCGAUUCUAGAUUCAAACUCCAGAUCCCUUAAUCUGCUUUGGCUUUUUCAUUCCUAUUAAGAAAACCUCAAGACUUAAGGUGUUCAAUACAAUGGAUUUCCAUGAGCAAUUAAGGCAAAGAGCAGAGGAGUUCCUCUUGAAAAAGUUAAGAUUUAAGAAUGACUCCAGAUUCUUGUUCGUUCCUAAGCUGCUUGAUAUGUAUUUCAAAGACUUGAACUAAGAAGAUUACAUUGAAGUGUUCAGAUAUAUAGAGAACAGGUAUAUUUUAUAAAAUAAAUCACAUUUUUAUAGAAUUUAUCAGUCAGAGGGUAAUUCAGAUGUAGCUAAAUUCCUCAAAGAAUUGGACUAGUCUGACAUAGAUAAAAAUAAGAUCAUUAUAGAACCAAGAGAAUUCAACUGGACAUUCUAUCCCUCAAGAAUGAAGAAGCUAUUUCAUAGACCGACACCUUCAAUGACUCCUGCUAUAUGA